UCCUGGCAAGAAAAGAAAAAGGGGCCGUUGGGCUGGACUGUGUUGUUGCUUUUUGCCUAAAAGUUACUGUUUCUAAGAUUCUUGUGGAUCUCCCAAGUCUGUCUUGUUGGUUCCCAGAGCUUUUCCCAGCCUUUGGUCUCUGGAACCAUUUUGGGCUGGCCACAAACAUGCAGGAGUGUCCACCUGAGCAGCUGGAAAUCUUGGGGGCCUGUGCUCAGUUUAACUGGGGCCAGUUGGCACCCUCUUGGGUUCCCCAUCUUCUUUUGGCCUAGAAUUGGGCAGCUAAGGCGGCUGAAGGGAGGGGAUCUUCUGGUGUGAUGGCAGGUACAGACAUACUUUUAUCCCACUGACCAGACAGGUUGCAAAGCUUAUUAAAGUGGUUUGGCCAGAGGCAGAAAUGAUCCCCAUGUUUGGAGCAUUAGGAAGGAAGGAAGGAAGGAAGGAAGGAAGGAAGGAAGGAAGGAAGGAAGGAAGGAAGUCUCCCAAUCCUCUGUGUGUGUGUGCGCAUGCGCGCAUGCACACCUGCCACUUGUAUGAUGUAGCACACCUGCCUCUCCUCGGUCUUGCAGGAGGUGUGGUGUGGUGGAUCGUGUGAUGAAUGGAGAGCUCUCUGCAUCCCUGCCUCCAGCUGGGUGUGUGAGAGCAUGGCGCUCCAUGUGAGGAAGCACUUCUGAGCCCCUUCCAUAUUCAGAGGGCUGGAAGUCUCUGGCGUGAUCUGUGUGUGCCUGAGAGGGUGGGUGCUUCUCUUCCAUUUGCCAGCCAGCCCCUCCCUCCCUCCCCACUUGUCCUUCUCCGUCUCCCUGCAUCCAGUUAUGGUGAAAGAAAGAUUAUUUCUUGCUGUCUCCGCUGCUGUGGAGGAGAACUGAGCCCACAGGAGAAGGUGGAGAAACCCUCAGAGAGCUUUCUCUCGCUGGACGAGCUGCCCCAUUCAGCAGCAGCUUGUUUCACAAGACUGUGAGGGGCAGCUAACAGAGGCGGCCAAAUGUGCUCAGCUUGCUGUGCCUUUGGGGCCCUCAGCAGCUCUGCUCGGUGGUUGCUGCUUUCACCCCUAGGCAUCAGGCCUAAAAGGACUGCGGAGAAGAGCGGCCAUGCCUUCCAGUGAGCCCUCCUCCUCGGUCCCCUCUUCUCGGUCUACAGAGGAGAAGAUGAGCCCCUCAGUCAGACUACGUUCAAAGUGGGGCUGCCACGUGGGGCGGCCUGAGAGGAUGGAAAGGGCCACCCAUAAUGGCAUCCGCAAGCCCAGCCACCCAGUGAGCGAAGGGGAAAAGGACUCUGGAUUUUCAGAUGAGAGCUCGGAGUACCUGAGCGCCAUCGAGCAGACGGAUGCUGAGGACCAGCCCGCCUCUCCUUUGCCCCCGUGGCCAGCCAAGUUGCAGAAGGCGAUGGGGGGGCUCAUGGGCAGCACCUUUCCCAGCCUCGCUCCCGUUUACCUAGUCAAAAAUGUUAUCCUCAAACAGACCCUGGGAGUGUCCCCAACGGCCCCGUUCCUGGCCUGGAGCAGCCAGCGCCCCCUGGAGAGUGCCCACAGUUCUGCAGCCCACAUCUUCCUCAUACAGGACCCCAUGGCCUCCCUGAAGCCCCUGCUCCCCAGCCAGAAGCUCUCUGCCAAGGAGACCCGCUUCCCCACCCUUGGCACUUACCCCAGAAUCGCUCCUCACCCGGGCCAUGGCCUGCAGGCUGGGGAAGCACCCAGCCCGGUGGGAGACACCAGUAAGGACAGGCUGUUCUGCGUGGGGGAGGACCGGGCGUCUCCUGGCUCCCCCACCACAAAGGACAGGCACGAGAAGCUGCAAGAAGAGCCACCCACCAGCCCACAAGCCUCUGCCCUUCGGGGCCCAGAGGUGCCUGCUCGGCCCAUUCUGCCAUCCUGCGCUGGACUAGACCUAGGCGAGGGCAGGGUGGCUUUCAAGGCCUCCAAGAGGCUGGGGGGCAACAGCCUUGGCAGGCAGCGCCGCUUGCACAACACCGUGGAAGUCCUGCGCAAGUCAGGGCUCCUGGGCAUCACGCUGCGGACCAAGGAGCUGCUCCGGCAGAACAGCGGCACCCAGCGGGAUCUGGCUGAGCUGCGGGAACAUGCCCAGCUCUUGUGCGAGGCUGUCCAGAGCAAUGACUCGCGUGUGUGGGCUCGCCUCCAGGACGCCAUUGACCGCUCUGCAGCCUACUGGCCCAGCCAGGGGGCCGGCGCUCAGGCCUGUUCGGGGCAGCAGCAGAAUCUGGCAGCCCAGCCCUUGAGCCCUCUUCCGCCCAGGCCCGGGGAGCUCCCAUCCGGCUCUGGCCUGGCCCUCGGCCGAGACACUGACUUGCCCACGGCUCUGCCUUAGCUGCCCCUCCCAGCUCGUGCCCUGGGCAAAGGGGCAUCUCUCUCUCUCUGAAGGAGUCACCAGCUGGCCGCCCACGCUGCCGGGCCCUGCCUGGCCUUUCCCUGCCAUUGAAGGCGUUUCUCUCCCCAUGUCUUGCGCUGCAGUAAUCGUCUCAGGGCAGGAAGCCUGGCUGGUUUGUUCUGACCCCCAGGUUGGGGCCUAGCAGGGGCAGAGUCCAGUGGGGCAGGGAGGAAGGAAGAGGUGAAAUGCGUUUCAGAAGCAGCUGCAGCAGCAGCCGUUCUGGGCGUCGAUUGGCGUUGGCCGCGAGCCUUUCUCUGGAGAGAGCGGAGAGUUUGUCUAGCAGCGGGAAGUGGGGGAGCUGCUCCAGAGAAGGGGCAGCAUGAGCCCCCAGCCGCUCGGCUGGCGACUGUUCUGGCUCGCUUGUUGUGGCGUCUGCCCUGAAGGAGCUGGUUCCUCCCUGUGGGGUUGGUGCAUCAUGCUGCGGCCCCCUCUCACCCAUGGGGGGAAAGCAGCCCUCUGCUGAUAAACUUCAUGUGCACUUUUGGCCUGGUCAGGAGUAUGCUUCCGCCAGAAGCCAGCUCUGCUGUUGGCAAGAACAGGAUCUAAUAAAGCAAAAACCUGGAUGCAA